AAUGUGUUGUAGUUCCUCCACGGUCGCGGGAAGAGACAGCUGGACGUGCAGUCGGUCCAGUCCAUGAGGAUCGGUCAGAAGGAUCAGAAUAAAGGACUGUUCAACCUCUGGCAGGAGAUCUUCCAACUGCCGCGCAUCAAACGGAAGCGUGUGGUCGAGGAGCUGGAAGAGGGGCUUAGAGAAGGAGGCGGGGCCGAGAGACUACAGCACAUCCUUCACCUGGCCUCUUCCACCGGAGAGCACGACAAACUCACACAGGGUCUCUAUGAUAACUUCCUGUCUAUGCGUGUGAAGGACCACGAUCUUGGCAGAGUGUGUCAGGCUCUGGAUUGGUUGGGCUUCUCAGACGGGUUGACCCAGGCCAUGCUGCAAGGACAAAACUUCUCUCUGCUGCGAUACCAGCCCUUCCUCCCCGCAGCUUUCCACUUCCUGUUUGCUCACACACACGUCCCCCGCAUCAACUACCCCCACAGCCAGUACGAGGCUCUAACUAAGACCUCAGCCAGCAGGAACGCUCUGGCGGCCAUGUUAUCUGAAGUCCCAGCAUGCAUCAGGACUAGAGUCAGUGAGCUUAGUCUCAGUCUGGACAUCCUGUCUCUCCUGCUGGAUAUUAUCUGUCCUAAACUACGACCUGUGAACCCCCAACUGUUCAGCGACAGAGAGAAACAGCAGCUGGUUGAUCUGAUUCACACCAUGAUCUCCUACAACCUGUCCUACAGACAGGACAGAACGCCUGAUGGCCAAUAUGUUUACGUUCUGGAGCCGCGUGUGGAGCAGGUGGUCUGUUUCCCAGGCUUGCCCCCCCACAGACAGCUGACCUACCAGACCAAACAGACGAUCAGCAGAGAGAUGGACCAGGAGAGGAUGAGGAGAGCAGAGUCACUGAUGCUGCUACGCAACCCACACACG